CGAGGUUUGAGCAUAGCAAAGGGAACGCCGUGUCCACAUAUCGCCAUCAUGAGGAACAGGGCUACCACGCCAUUGAACAAGGCGAAAAUUCGACAAUCAUGGAGUAAAUACAACCUGUAUAACUUGCAACGAUUCCGCAACCUCCCCACGAACAACAAAACCUUCUUCCAGCAGAAAUGGGCCGCCAAAUCCGCCGCUCGUAAUUACCAUGGUGAACAGGUCCGGGAGAGUCAAUGGGAGCGCAUGUUCUCCCGUCGCAUCCGCAGCGUCGUCCCCAUGAACCCCUGGAGACUUGCUCAGGAUGACGGGUCUAACGCGUCCGCUGGUCGGGGGUCGGGCCUGGAAACCACUCCGGCUGAGGAGCUUGAUCUUGCGUCUGCCAACAAGAAGUCCCGUACUCCGGCAUUAACGCCCUUCACCCAGAUGACGUUUGCUCCCUUGGAGCGUCGGUUGGAUGUUGCGAUCUUCCGUGCUCUGUUUGCCAGCAGUGCCCGACAGGCUCGGCAAUUCGUUGUGCAUGGAGCUGUCACUGUGAAUGGAAAGCAGAUGAGACACCCCGGCUAUCUUCUCAACCCCGGCGAUCUCUUCCAGGUGGACCCCGAACGGGUCAUGUUUGCUACCGGUGCACCCAAGGACAAGAGUGAACGUCGUGCGGGACGUUUAGCCAGACAAAAGCAACAGGAGCAACAGGAGCAACCGGAGGAGGAGAAAGCGGAGGAGACUGAGCAGAAGGGCGAGAAUGAGGACAAGGCCGAGAAAGAAGUGGAAGUCAAGGUCAAUGAGAAUGAAGAUCCCCGGAAAACAUUGAAGACUCUGCUGGCCAACGCCAAGAACAUCAUGGCCGGUAGCAAGGACGUCCUCCCCGCCAAACGCAAGCAGGAGCUCCGCGGCUUCCAAAGAGCCGUCCGCAGAGUCCUCUCUCGCUCCGAAUCCAGCACCAUCCUCAACGACAGUUUGGAAUCCCAAUUCUCUGAGCUUACAUUGCUGCUCAAGGCCAAGCGAGCAGAGAAGCCCGACAACAAGAAGAACACCCCCCGCGCUAAAUCCGAUGAAUCCUCGACAGAAGAAGCCGACACCAAGGCUCAGGCUAGCGAGUCCCAACCCGGAGAGAAACUGACCGAGGCUUUCAAGAAAGCCGCAGAGAACCCCGAGGGAGAGGUGGACACAUCCGAACUGUCGGACAGCGAAUUCGACGUCCUCAGACGGGCACUGACCCAGAUGCGUGACAACCCGAUUGACAGCACCAAGCCCUACGCCACCCCAUGGCGGCCCCGGGACUACAUGAGCGCCUUCACGUUUAUCCCCCGCUACCUUGAAGUGAACCAGAACAUCUGCGCGGCGGUUUACCUGCGACACCCCGUGGCUCGACCUGGCUACUCGGAAGUGCCGACUCCGUUCAGCGAGAGCAUUGCUACGGCUGCAUUUUCCUGGUACUUGAGAAGACGGUAGAGGACCAGCAUGACUUGUAAUAAUGUUCUCUUCUUCCUCCUUCCCUCUUACUGUCUUCUCAUCUUCCAUCCAUCUCUUCCCCCUCAUGUACUGUAUUACUGGGUCGCUGGUCUGUUUUAUUUUUAUUUUUUUUGCUCCUUGAUCUCUAGUGCUCAUAGAUCUUGAUUUUGUGUCCCCUAUGAGAGGACAAAAGUGUCGUGUUGCAAAUGGUGUUGGAGCCUGUUGUUUUAUGAGCACGCCUGUACAACCAAUAUAGCCAUGGAAUUGUAAAUGCAUAAAUCAUCACCGAUGAUUCUCAAAUAAUGAUCCAGUCCAAGUGAAAGUAUAGAUGCAAAUAAUAAUGUUCAAAUAAUCCAAGUGCUCAAUUUCAC